AUGUCUUUAUCUUCUAAGUUAACUGUCCAAGAUUUGGAAUUGAAGGACAAGCGUGUCUUCAUCAGAGUCGAUUUCAACGUCCCAUUAGACGGUAAGACCAUCACCUCUAACCAAAGAAUUGUUGCUGCUUUACCAACUAUCAAGUACGUCUUAGAACACAACCCAAGAUACGUUGUCUUAGCUUCUCACUUGGGUAGACCAAACGGUGAAAGAAACGACAAAUACUCUUUAGCCCCAGUUGCUGAAGAAUUACAAAAGUUAUUAGGUAAGCCAGUUACUUUCUUAAACGACUGUGUUGGUCCAGAAGUUGAAGCCGCUUGCAAGGCUUCUGCUCCAGGUUCUGUUAUCUUAUUAGAAAACUUAAGAUAUCACAUUGAAGAAGAAGGUUCCAGAAAGGUUGACGGCCAAAAGGUCAAGGCUUCCAAGGAAGACGUUGCUAAGUUCAGAGAACAAUUAUCUUCCUUAGCUGAUGUUUACGUUAACGAUGCCUUCGGUACUGCUCACAGAGCCCACUCUUCUAUGGUUGGUUUCGACUUGCCACAAAGAGCUGCUGGUUUCUUAUUAACCAAGGAAUUACAAUACUUUGGUAAGGCUUUAGAAAACCCAACCAGACCAUUCUUGGCUAUCUUAGGUGGUGCUAAGGUUGCUGACAAGAUUCAAUUGAUUGACAACUUAUUAGACAAGGUUGACUCUAUCAUCAUUGGUGGUGGUAUGGCUUUCACCUUCAAGAAGGUUUUAGAAAACACUGAAAUUGGUGACUCCAUCUUCGACAAGGCUGGUGCUGAAAUUGUUCCAAAGUUAAUUGAAAAGGCUAAGGCUAAGAACGUCGAAGUUGUCUUACCAGUUGACUUCGUCAUUGCUGACGCUUUCUCUCCAGAAGCUAACACCAAGGUUGUCUCCGACAAGGAAGGUAUCCCAGCUGGCUGGCAAGGUUUAGACAAUGGUCCAGAAUCCAGAAAAUUAUUCGCUGCUACUAUUGCUAAGGCUAAGACCAUUGUCUGGAACGGUCCACCAGGUGUUUUCGAAUUCGAAAAGUUCGCUGAAGGUACCAAGGCUAUGUUAGACGAAGUCGUCAAGUCUUGUGAAGCCGGUAACACUGUUAUCAUUGGUGGUGGUGACACUGCUACUGUUGCCAAGAAGUACGGUGUCGUUGAGAAGAUCUCCCACGUCUCCACUGGUGGUGGUGCUUCCUUAGAAUUGUUAGAAGGUAAGGAAUUACCAGGUGUUGCUUACUUAUCUCAAAAAUAA